GAACGUGAUAGAUGAAGAAAAAGAGUGGGAACCGGUAAUGAAUGUUGUGUCCGAAAAAAGAGAAUUGCAAGGUCGUUCGACCGAUACCAUGUGAGUUUGACAGUUUCGCACAGCUAUUAUCCCCACUACUUUUGUACAAAAUUAUAAAAUUUGCAAGCGAAGUUAAAAAAUAACAUGUAUUGUUGGAAAAAUAUCGAUAAUAUCGUCGUUCAAGAAACGCCAUUUACAAACGAUGCUAUGUCCUCAAUUCGAUUAAGUCGCCUAUCGAUCUGCGAGCACGAUAUAUCCUCGCUUGGUCAUAUCUAAAUUUACUGCAUCGUAAACAACAACAAGGUGGUAGUCGAGACACAGAAAGGAUUGCAUCUAUCUCUUCUCGCAAGAGAUUUGUUUCUCAAAAAGUAUUCUUUUACAACGAGUUUAUUGAAGAUAAUUAACGCACAAUACAUCUGGAUAAACAAUUAUAGGUUUGACUCGAUGAAGGUAUCGAUGUGGACUAAUAACCGUGAGGUUGAAGAUUAACGAUCGAAUUGAUAUUGACAUUGUGAGUAAGAAAGAGAGAAAGAAUAAGAAUAAGAAGAAAAAGAAGAAGAAGAAAAUACCUUGUAAAAGUGAUAAAAUAUGAAGAGAGUUAACUUGCCUCAGAACGAAAACGAGACAGGUUCGGUCGACGCGACGGAUUUGCAAGAAAAAAUGAGGAUGAUCGAUGUAAAAUCUUCCUCACCUACGAGUCUCUUAGCAAAGAACACUCUGUUGCUACCGAGCGGAGUCGUUUAUGUAAAACAAUUAUCCAAUGUAAGUUCGACGAGCGACACUGGAUCGUCCACGAAGUCUUCUGGCUCGGCAACUGGUAAUCCAAGAAAUAAGACAGCCUUAGCACCGGGUCAUAGUGUCAUGGACUGGAUUCGAUUAGGUAAUUCUGGAGUCGACUUAACCGGAGUUGGUGGUAUUCCACGUACUGUCACGUUAACCGAGUUGGCUAAUCAUAAUAAGCAAAAUGACGCUUGGAUCGCAAUAAGAGGUAUCGUUUUCAACGUAACCCGUUACAUGGAUUUUCAUCCUGGCGGAAUCGAUGAGCUAAUGAAAGGAGUUGGAAAAGAUGCUACGAAAUUGUUCGAUAACGUUCACGCGUGGGUAAAUUAUCAAAGUCUUCUACAGAAAUGCGUCGUAGGUAGACUGAGUCGUCCCUCCACUUCGAACCUGUCCAAGGCGAAUGAAAAAUCUUCCAUUGCGAACGACGUCUCGAAAAGUUGCACAACGCAAAGAAAAAGCGAAGAAGAAAUCGGUUUUGAUCUUUCGAAAAUGAAGAUGGAUUGGCGGCAAACUUCGAACACGAUAACGCUUUUUUAUCAAGCGAUAAACGACUAUCAAGGUAUCUACUAUCGUAUAUCAAGGAUAAACGAUGCCAAGCUCGUUUUUAAUCUCUCCUUUGAAAAGGAUAUCGUUAUACACGAACUCGAGUUGGCCGGGGAAAUCGAAUGGCCACCUGCGUGGAAUAGAAACUAUGAAAGCAUGGAAGUAGACUUUACCUUCAGGAAAAAGGAUAAAACUUUAUGGAAAACUCAAGGUAAUCAUACCUUGUCCAGAGAACCAAUAACCAACAAGAGGACUUACAAAGAAUACGAGGUAUUAAGUAACACGUCCCUUUGUAAAUUAGUUCACCUGUUGGUUCUACGAGCUAAAGAUUCUUUAGAAUUAAUACCAAUUGGUAGGCACCUGGAAGCAAAAAUUAAAAUCGCAGGUGUUGAGAUUUCUAGAUAUUAUACACCUGUACCACCCUGUCUUCAUCCAGAAGACAUGGCACCGAAUUAUACAUCAGAUUGUAUCUGUCUCAUGAUUAAACAAUACGAAGACGGUGCUCUCAGUCCAUCCAUAACAGCUUUAAAUGCCAAAGAAAAGCUUACUUUGAGCAACGGGCUUGGUGUCUUUGUCGUCGAAUCCUUUGAUCGUUAUUCCGUCGUUCAUAUGUUGGCUGCUGGCACAGGACUAACGGUAAUGUUAGGAAUAAUUCAACGAUCUCUUGCUAGGCGUAACGUAAAAAGUAUCAAUCUCGCCAACUUCAAUAAAGACGAAGAUAACAUGUUCUAUGUGGAGCAAUUGGAGAGAGCUUGCAAGGCAAAUAAAUUGAAAGUUACGCAUAUUUUGUCGCAACCAAGCGAUUCCUGGAAAGGUAGACGUGGUACGAUAUCUGAUGAACUUUUGAAUGAAUUAAUAGGCAAUUGUUCACCGCAUAGUUGUGUCUUCGUUUGUGGCCCUAAGGGAUUCCUAGUUUCUUCAAGAAAAUGCCUUCGUAAUCUUGAUUGGAAGGCCUAUCAAAUGUACGAGUUCGACGAUUAAAAUCAUCUUAAAACUCGUUUAUGUUUUAAGCUUGAUCGAUGAAGAAAGCUGAAAAAGUCUGCGUUUAAUUAUUUAUUAUAUAAAUUCUCUCUACGAGUAGUCGAAUAUUGGGAUAUUGGGAAAGUUAUAUAUUAUCCAUCCCAUAUGAAACUAUUACACAAAUAAUAGAGCUUAUUAUUCUGAAUAAGAAAUUCAGUUGAUAUACAAAAAGGGAUACGCUUGAAAAAGUACUUGUUGAAAGAUUAAACCAAACUUAAUUAUAGGAAUUUUGCCUGCCUUAUAUGAGCCGGUUUAGUACAAAAAAGAAAAAAAAAAUUUUUUAAAGUCUCUCAUUCGGUCAUUAUUGUACAUCAUUAAUAUUUGCCAAGAGAAUUGCGAAUGAGAUACGUUAUUUUAAAUGUUCGUACUUAGAUUCGAUAUAUGUAUAGAUUUAGAAGAAUAUUUGUAUUUGAAAAGUAUAUUGAUUACAUUUUCAAGAGAAGAUUAUUUAUAAUCUUCUAAUUAUCUUAUCUCACGUAUAUCAAUGUUAAGCAAAUUUUAUUACAAUUAUUACUUAUAUUUUAUUAAGUCUGUAAGUGCUCUACUAUCGUCGUCGUUAACAAUACUUCCAUCCAUAUCUGUCCUGUCUUAAGCAUUUAUAUACUAUAAGUGGAAAAACGUAUAGAAUAUUUUUUUCUAUAUUUUAAAAAUAACAUCUAAGUUUAACGUAAACAAAUUCUUUGGCUACAUUCCUCUUAUCUAAAAUCUAUUGUAAGUUUUAUCAAUGAUAUGCCAUCCUCUUCGAAGUACCGUUUUAUUAAACAAUAUUUUUACACUACGCAAAAGUAACCGACUAUGAAUUAUAAUAAUCUAUAAUUCAAUCUUAGCUGUGAUUAAAACGAAUUACAUUAAUGUGAUCCAUUAUCAAAGAAAGUCUUUAAAGUAAACAAAUCUAAUGACGAAGAGUAUUAUACAGCAUUAACGCGAUAUUUUUGGAUUUGUAAAGUGCGAAGUACAACAGAUUUUUUGCGAGACUACUAUUACAUAAUUUUCUGUUAAUUACUUCGAGUAUGGAUGAUAAUUAAUAUGACUCAUUGUAAAUAACAAAAAUAGAAUCAUCGUACUUUAUCGACAAAAAAAAAAAAGAACAAAGAAUUAUAUCACAUCCAGUAUUUGACAUUUCUUGAAAAUAUUAGCUCGUAAGAACUGUUUGUACUAUAAAUUCACAUAUCGUACGGUCCAGUUUAGGUAUUUUUAUGAGUUUAAUGACAUUAUAUGUGUAUACGAUUCUUAUAGAAAAUAAAAAUGUACUCGAUAGUCUAA